AUUCAAUAAUCGCUUAAGGGUGAUAAUCGCUCCAGAAUCCAGCAUUCCAUUUAAUAAACAUAAUACUUGUGCUAAUGAAACGCUUCUAUUGCACAAUAUAGCGUCGAUAUAGUGAUCAUUGCCAACUUCUUUUAUUCUAACGAUCAAAUCAUCAUUUUCAGUAGAUAUCUCCAGUAGACUAUCUCUGGCAACCUGUUUUGUACCACUGCUGACUGAUAAGAGAUAAAGUUUGUUUAUAUUACGCAACAAAAUGAGUGCGUUAAGAAAAUCAACUAUAAGUUUACUGAAUCUGGCUGGAAAUGGGACACGCAGGUUAAGUUCGAGCGAUGCAAAACCAGUGCUCUACUCGUACUACGCCAGCUCUUGUGCAUGGCGGGUGCGAAUUGCAUUGGGAUUGAAGGGUAUACCAUAUGAAAUCAAAGCAACCCAUCUUUUUGAACCAAAUGCUCCACUAUACAGCAAUUCGAGUGAGUAUCAGGAAAUAAACCCAACGCAACUGGUACCUGCUCUAAAAAUUGAUGGCCAAAUACUCUGUGAUUCCGUGGCCAUUAUGCACUACCUGGAACAAACAAAACCCCAGCAACCUCUUCUGCCACAGGAUCCGUUUAAGCGUGCCAAGGUGCUACAGAUUGUGCAAAUCAUUUGCUCCGGCAUUCAGCCGCUGCAAAAUGCCAGCGUAUUGGACCGUGUGGGCAAAAAAAAUAGCUUGGAGUGGGCUCAGUAUUGGAUAUCAAGCCGUUUUGCUGGUCUGGAGAAGGUGCUCUCUGCAUCGUCCGGUAAAUUCUGUGUUGGGGAUGAAAUUUCCAUGGCUGAUUGCUGCCUUGUUCCACAGGUGUUUAAUGCCAGAAGGUUCCGAGUUAACUUGAAUCCCUUUCCCACGAUAGUAAAACUCGAUGACAGUUUUGGAACACAAUCAGCUGUUCGUGCCUCUCAUCCUUAUAAUCAACCCGACUGUCCACCAGAGCUGGCAAAUAAACAAAAGAUUAGUAAAUGAAAAUAGCUCGUGUCGAAUUCAAAAUAAAUGUGGAAAUAUGUCGAUGAUUUUGAUGUAUAUUUAAAACGAA